UUCCUCCUCUUGGCCUUUCUUUGUGUCUCCUCUCGGCCUCUGUCGCUCUGCCUGUCUCCCCGCUGCCAACAUCUCUGUCUGGUCCAUCCAGCCAGUCACUCUCCACUCUAGGUGAAGAUGUCGGCGCAGGAGAGCUGUCUCAGCCUCAUCAAGUACUUCCUCUUCGUUUUCAACCUCUUCUUCUUUGUCCUGGGAAGCCUGAUUUUCUGCUUCGGCAUCUGGAUACUCAUUGACAAGGCCAGCUUCGUGUCGUUUGUGGGUUUGACCUUCGUGGCCCUGCAGAUCUGGUCCAAGGUCCUGGCCAUCUCAGGAAUCCUCACCAUGGGCCUGGCCCUCCUGGGUUGUGUGGGGGCCCUCAAGGAGCUCCGCUGCCUUUUGGGUCUGUAUUUUGGGAUGCUGCUGCUCCUGUUUGCCACGCAGAUCACCCUGGGGAUCCUCAUCUCCACUCAGCGGGUCCGGGUGGAGCGAAGAGUGCAGGACAUCGUGCUAGAGGCCAUCCAAAACUACGGUGCUGAUCCGGAGGAGACAGCGGCCGAGGAGAGUUGGGACUAUGUGCAGUUCCAGCUGCGCUGCUGCGGCUGGUAUUCUCCCCAGGACUGGUUCCGGGUCCGCGUCCUGAGAGGCAACGGGUCGGAGGCGCACAGCGUGCCCUGCUCCUGCUACAACUCCUCGGAGGCGACCAACGACUCCGCAGUCUUCGAUAAGAUUAUCUUCCCCCAGCUCGGCCGGUUCGGACCGCGGGCACGACCCAGGCACAGUACAGACAUCUGCGUGGUCCCUGCAAAUGGCCACAUCUACCGCGAGGGCUGCGCACAGAGCCUCCAGAAGUGGCUGCACAACAACCUCAUCUCCAUAGUGGGCAUUUGUCUGGCCGUCGGUCUACUCGAGGUGAGUGUGAUGGUGCUGAGCUUACAGCUGCGGCGCAAAGCACCCCGCCGGGAACCCGAGCCACAAAAGCCGCAUAUGGGUCCGGGUACUUCAAGCCCUCCGCCCUGCCUCAGUGCCGACAGCGGUGGCGGUCGCUGUGGCGUCCUCACCAGCAGCGGACGUACCAGUGCUUCGUGGGGUGGAUGGGGCAUGGCCGGUGCUUGCCCCAACUGGGGGGGAAAAGUCCCGCAGGGCAAGCUUCCCAUGGCCCUGGGGCCCUGGCGGCUUUCGGAUCAAGAGGAAGAGCAACCUGAUACUGGGAGUUCUAGCGCAGAGGUGGAGGCUGAGGUGGACGUAGAAGCUGAAGUGGAGGGGGAAACAGAUGAACCUCCAGAAUAAAGGACCCUAGGCUUGCUUCCGACCUGACUCCUUCUCGGGCUCAACCCCGCCGCCUCCCCACCUGUUGACACAGGGCUUCCCCUACUCAUGGUUCCUGGACUCAUCACUGCUGUAGCUCAGCUUAUCAUUCUCUAGCUCUCAACUUACCCACUUCUUCCUCUAGCCCCACCCAUUUUCUACCUACCCCCCCCCCCACACACACACACAACACAGGAGCCUGGGAGCCUUAUUUUCUUACCCUAACCCCACCCUCUGACUUUUCUGCUUCCAGGGCCAAAGUCACCCCCUCACCCCCUUCACUGGAAGCCCUUUGUCAUCUCUGAUCGCGUCUCCUUUCUCCAUAGCUCGGCUUCAUGACGCUCUCGAUAUUCCUGUGCAGAAACCUGGACCACGUCUACUACAACCGGCUGGCUCGAUACCGCUAGACCCCACCCCGACCCCUUCAAGUGCCCUGGACUUGUAAAUAUUUGUUUCCCUUGAGCCCUCCACCUCCUCAUUCCCUUGGGGACCCAGAUGUCUGCCUGGCCACUGCCACCACCUCCCCAGGGGGACCUGGGGCUUCCUGCUCCACACAUACUUCCUUUCCUUGACUCAUCUGUUGGCCUACCACCUCCCACAAGAUUAUUUUUCACUCAAACCUCAAAUAAAUCCCCUACAUUUUGGUAAAA